AGGAACAUUAGAGGAAAAAGCGACCGUCUCUUGCCUAGGAAAUGCGCGUCAGGGGACCGCGGUAGCCAAUCUGCUUGAGCACGUAUAGACGCUUGUAAUUCACCAGCCCCCUUGCUGUCUCGCGCAGUGCUCCCUUUCCCCACACAGCAGUGUUCUUGCUGACUCAGUGCCUUGCUCGCUUUUUUCGCCAAGCACCGAUCAGUAACUGCGACGCACGCUCCCUCCAUAGCCCACUUCAGCAGCACCAACGCCGCACAAACCGACAGACAUGGCUAAAACAGCAAUUGCAUACAAAGAGAAGAUGAAGGAGAUUUCUGUCCUAUCUCUCCUCUGCUCCUGCCUGUACCCUGAGGCACGCAAGAACCUGAUGGGAGAGUUCCAAGUAGCAGGCAUGGAGGUGAAGCCCAUCAACAAGCGUGCCUCUGGCCAGGCCUUCGAGGUGAUCCUGAAGCCCCCCUCCCCGAUGUCGGACGCAGCCCACUGUGUCACCUCGCCCCCUAAAAGGGAGGUCUCUCUGGAGGACAUCCAGAAGAAGCUGGAGGCCGCUGAGGACCGGAGGAGAUCCCAGGAGGCCCAGGUUCUCAGGGCCCUUUCAGAGAAGCGAGAGCACGAAAGGGACGUGCUGCUCAAGGCCAUGGAGGAGAACAGCAACUUCAGCAAGAUGGCAGAGGAGAAGCUUACCAUGAAGAUGGAGCAGAUCAAGGAGAACCGCCAGGCCUACCUAGCCUCCAUCAUGGAGCGCCUGCAGGAGAAGGAGAGGCAUGCCCAGGUGGUGCGCAGGAACAAAGAGCUGAGGGAAGAGCUGACAGCGUGAGCAGAUGAGGGCGCCACCGACCAUCAUACCCCCCUACAGCCACCCUUCCCCCGACAG